AUGCUCACACUAGAGACCAUCAUUUGCACUUUUUCCGUGCUGUCUGUUGCAGCACGAGCAGAUUUCAAGGCUCGGAACUGCAGCGAGGUGAGGGAGGCUUGUAUCGGGAAAGGCUUCAGCUUCGCACAUGUUCCUCUCCAGAAGAUCCCAGGUGAACAUCUCCGUGUAUGUCCUCAGGGAAGCACAUGCUGCACCCAGGAAAUGGAGGACACAUUUGGUCAACAAAGCAAACAGGACUUUGAGAAUCUAAUUGAUGAAAUUAGUCAUGAAUUGAGAAGCACUUAUGUUGCCAGGCAUCAACGAUUUGAUGAAUUCUUCCUGGAGCUACUGGAGAACACCGAGAGGUCCCUGAAUGAGAUGUUCGUGAGGACUUACGGCAAGCCUUACAUGCAGAACUCCGAGGUCUUUGAGAACCUGUUUGCAGAGCUGAAGCGCUACUACACGGGAGGAAAUGUUAACCUGGAGGAAAUGCUAAAUGACUUUUGGUCGCGGCUACUGGAGCGUAUGUUCACGCUGCUCAACUCCCAGUACGUCAUCACUGAGGACUAUCUGGAGUGUAUCAGUAAGUACACUGACCAGCUCAAGCCCUUUGGAGACGUGCCCAGGAAGCUCAAGGCUCAGGUUACCCGGGCAUUCAUCGCUGCACGCACAUUUGUCCAAGGGCUGUCUGUUGGCCGGGAGGUGGCCCAGAGAGUGUCUAAGGUCAGCAGCACGCCAGCGUGUAUUCGGGCACUGACCAAGAUGCUGUACUGCCCCUUUUGUCAGGGCACGCCGGCACUGAAACCCUGUAAGAACUACUGCCUGAACGUCGUGAAGGGCUGCCUGGCCAAUCAAGCUGAUCUGGAUCCAGAGUGGAACCUGUACAUUGAGGCUUUGCUGCUGGUGGCACAGAGGCUGGAGGGACCCUUCAACAUUGAAUCUGUCAUGGAGCCCAUUGAUGUCAAGAUUUCCGAGGCCAUCAUGAAUAUGCAAGAUAACAGUGCCCAGGUCUCCUACAAGGUCUUUCAAGGCUGCGGCCAGCCAAAACCCGUAGGAAUGACGAGGUCGGCUCGUGGUGUUCCGGAUGUGUUCAACGCUCGCUUCAGGCCCUACAGCUCUGAGGAGCGGCCUACCGCUGCAACUCGUACAAGCCUAGACAGACUGGUGGUUGACAUAAAAGAGAAACUGAAGCUGUCAAAGAAAUUUUGGUCCAACCUGCCUGAGGCCCUGUGUGUGGAGGACAGAGUGACCGCUGGAAAUGCCAGUGAUGACGAGUGCUGGAAUGGACACACCAAGGGCAGGUACUUCCCUGAAGUUCAAAAGGAUGGACUGACCCACCAGGUGAAUAAUCCUGAGGUGGUCGUGGACAUCACCCGCCCGGACACACUCAUCCGCCAGCAGAUCAUGGCUCUGAGGGUGAUGACCAACAAGUUGAAAAACGCCUACAACGGCAAUGAUAUCUACUUUCAAGACUCAAGUGAUGAAGGUAGCGGCUCGGGCAGCGGCAGCGGCUGCACAGAGGUCUGCCCGACAGACGUGGACGUUGCCGCCGCCGAGGCCCCGGUGGUGGAAGCCGACCGGAGCGGGCCUGUGGACGACGCCGCCCCGCUCUCUGCAGCCUCUCUAUCCCUGCCAACCAUGUUGGCCCUCUCAGCCCUGGCCCUCCACCGACAAUGGAGAUAAUGUUGGCGGAACCGGCUGAACAACUAUGCUGAGUUGUUUUUGUUUUUUGCUUUUUUGUGUGCAGUUUUUUUUUGAUUCAGGCAGAUUGGAGCUACAUUCAAGCAGACAGUAUUCAGGCUGCCAGUCUGGAGGCUGGAGGACUGAAAAAGAGCAGUCAUACAUCGUAAUUUCCCACUUUCCCAAAGAUCGUGCAGUGCCAUCUUUGGGCCUGACAUGUUAUGACAUCACUUCACCACCUAACACUGAUGCCAACCCAAUAAACUCUGCUUCAGAGAUUUCUUGCACAUAUGGCAGGUAUUAAUGUAGGUCUCCAUGUGGAAAAAUAUAACACGCACUUAGAUUGUUUUUUUUAUGCCAAAAUUGUUUGUUUGUUGAACAUUUUUAAGAAUGUGGUUGUUUGAUGUACAUUGUUGUUGACAUUACAUUUCGAAACCAAUACAAGGGAUAAUGACGUACAAUUUGGGAACAUGUGAUUUCAACCUUUUUUUGGAUUGAAUCCUUGUUCCAUUGUCAUUAAAUCAUGUGCCAAUUAUUGAUUUUUGGAGCAGAUGCAACCACUAAAUCAUGUCGUUUCAUAUUUUAUUCUUCAGUAAGCUCAACCGUGACAUUUGACAAGAUGUUAUGUUAGGUUAAGCCUGCCGUGUUCAACAGCUGCCAUGUGCUAAAACUCAUCUUUUUUUUUUAAAGGGAUACGAUUUACUUUUAUAUCAUCAUUUGCUUUGCAACAGAUGUAUUAUCUGCACGGUAUUCUCAUAUCAUGCUGGUUUCUCAAGCUUGGCUUCAGGAGUGGACAUAAUUAAUGUGGAGCAAUUAUUGACAAACAGAGACGGUAUCACCAAUAUGCAGUAACGCCAUCAUAGUGAUGCAUGGUUCUAUGGUGCUGUGGGGUGAAUGUAUUGGAGUGUAAUUAAUGUCUGAGAGGGCUAAACAAAAUAUAAUCCUCACUAAUAUAUAUGUUUUCAUUCAUUGAUAAUAUAUUUAUUUUAUGUUAUUAUCAAUACAGGUUCAUGUCUCCAAUGGGUUAGGGUUAGUCACCCACUAUCUAACGACUUACCAGAACUAUUGAUCUGCAAGCAAAGCCCCUCAGAAAAGAGUUAAUCGAAUGAACCAUUUAUAAAAGAUAUGUAAAACAUACUCCGAUGACAUUAAUAAGCUUUAUAAAGGCACGGUAAUUGAAAAUCAUGACCGUGGUCUAUAAAUGUGUAAACGGACAUUUUAGAAUGAAAGCACACCAUUUCAAUACCGAAUCACCAUUGCUCCAAUUUUUUUAUUCAUUUUCAGUAAUUGGAGCCUACAAUGUUUUGUUCUGCAUCCUCAGAAUGUUCUAUCAAUAUAGCCACAAAUUAAAAACACCUAUUUUAAGUUUCAGUAAUUCUUGAUUUGCAUACAGGAACAAAGAAAGUGGCACUUUUGCAUGCGUGAUUAAAUAUGCAAAGCUUAUCCUAAAACUGCUAUCAAAGUGUGGAUGAUAUAGCUAUUAUAAUUCACUGUGGUGUUUAAAAUGCUACAAAACUGGAAUACUGUCCGGCAGGAAUAAAAAGUUAACUGUUGCUAUUUCUGUAAAUGUAUUACCACAGGUAUUUAAAGUGUGGGGAAAUUAUAAAAACAGGAAGUUGCUAACAGCACAAAGUGGUGACAGGAAAUGCAAAGAAAGGGCCUCUAGAUGUAUCUGUGAAGCUUGAAAGGUUGUGUCGGCAGCACAGACAGACUGGAAGCCGACCACAGUCACCUGUGAAAUGAGAAUCUGUGGAGACCGGACAGGCCUGAAUGCUUCAGUGAAGCUCCUCAGUAGAGCGUACUUACAGAGAAUGUGAGAGGCUUGGCACUGCUGAGGGGGGGGCGGGCAAAACCAGCCUGUAUGAACGUCCACUGUUCUCUGAGAGCCCGUCAGCUCCAUAACAACAGGCCAGCUAAGCUUACAUAUCCAAGGAGUGAACCAGUGUGAUGCCCUGCGCAGUAUAUCAGCGAAUACUUGUUGAGCGUUUCUUUAUUGCAUUUAAGUUGGCGUUUGCAUUUUCAUUGCACGAACAAAAAAUAUCGAGCAAAUAUGUCAAAGGUGUCAUUUAAAAGGAUUCUUUAUUAUGAAUAUUGAUCUUACUGGAUGCCCUUUUUAUGUUUUGUAUCUUUUAAUCGUAAUAUUUUUGCAAUAAAAUAUAAAAAAUUGAUGUCUGGAGAGACGAGUUAUCUGAAAAAUAUCUGUCAAUCAAUUUUAUUUAUUUUUACAAUCGAUGCAUUUCAGUACAAAGUCACAUUUUUGUUUGUUUGGCGUUUGAAUCUAAUUUCAAAUGAAGAAAAGCGAAGAACUAGUUCAGCAAAUAUGCCUUAUUGUUUUCCAGUGCAAUUAAGAUGAUUGCAUUUGUGUUUUGUUACUGUUAUUGAGAAUAAAUAUUUAUUAAAACAUUCCAAUAUAUA